GCUUCUUCAUCAAUCAAGAUGGAGUUCAUCAACAGAGUCAGUUCUCCGAUGAACUUAUAUUCUGAAGAUUCAUUAGAGACAAAAGAAGAACUUGAUGCAGCUCGUGAAGAAGUUUUGAAGCAGCAGAAGAAGACAGCCCCUUUUCUCGUUGGGAGUAUUGCUAAGGUGAAUGAUCGUAUUACCAGUCUCGACCGUGAGCUUCAGGAUUUAGCUACUGGUUUAGUGAUAGAAAGCAGACAGACUUUUGGAGAUGAUGAUUACCCUCCAGUCUCCCCACGCUACGAUGAAGGACCCAAAGCUGGUAUCUUCCAAAGAUGUCAAAGAACUCAACCAGUUUGCAGGUGUAUACGCUGUCAAGUCAAUGCUUCAGGUCGAUAAGGCUGAUAAAGGAAAGCAUCUCUUAAAGAACUUAGCAGCAAGCAGAAAGCAACAAAAAGAAAAGACUGGAACAAAGCCCAGAUUAGUCGAGCUUCAUCAGUACCCAGGUUAUGAAUCGGAUCGCCUCACACAGCUUCCCGAGGUCCCCGGUAUAGUCAUACUCAAGACUGUUACCAAAGCUCAAUUAGAUCUGGAAAAGAAACCUCAUUAUAAGAUUGAAUUCAAGAGACUAUUUCAUUCCAAGAUGUCUGAAGCCAUAUUAUUGGAUACAUUUUGGUAUUUCUUCCUGCAUCGAUACCAUCCAAGUAGAAAAGUUCAGAGUAGACUCUUCAACCGUAUCUCAUACAACUAUGUGAAGUUGCUCCUCUCAGCCAAGCAACCCAAGUAUAGAGACGUCUUUUUCAAGUCCUAUUCUGACAUCCUAGCCCAAGCAGUGUAUGCCUCGUACUGUGCAGCCUUCCCUAACUCAUGGAGGCAGUUUGAUGACAGCUUUAAAGAAGACCUUUGUGGACUUACAUCAGAGUGGGUAGUUGGGACUAAGCAAGCUCCCAGGAGAUGGGCCGCAUGGAACUUUGACGACCUUGAGCCUCACGAUAUGAAGAAAGAUGAUUUUAGUAAAAAGGAUAAGAAGAAAGGUGGUAUACUAAACUUUGAGUCAAGUUCAUCAAACUCUAGUCAGAGCUUAGCGGAUAUAGGAGGUAACCGCUCCACCAUCGCAGACGACGAGGGCAGUCUUAUUUCAGCUGUUGCUGACGCCCAGAGUAUCAGCUCUAUAUCGUCAUAUCAACCUAAAGACAAAUGUAAAAAACAAAACAGUAGGACUGACUUGACAAAGAAUACCAGUAAACCUCCAUUGCAAACCAUCAGUGAAAUAUCGGUAGAACAGUCUAGUGUGGACUUGAUGCAUGAUGGGAAAGGGGGCGGGACAGGAGGAGGAGGAAAGGAGAUGAAGGGAAAGACAUGUUUGUCAAAGAAGAAAGACGUUGCGUCUAUAAUAUCUAAGAAGAGUGAUUCAAAGACUAGGGUCGGAGGGAAGUCAUCGGACCUGACGGUGAGGCCUUCUGUAUCAAGGACGAGCACCAACAAGAAAACAGAGAAGAAAGAGUCGCAUCCAGCCGCCGAAGGUCCGACAUUCGUCAAGCACGUGUUCAACGUGGAGGGUCGUAGCCCGCUGGUGGCGCACUUCAUGAAGCAGGAGGGGCUGGAGAGGACGGCGGGUAUGGACAUCCUACUGCAGAGGACAGAGAUCGACAAGCUACCUUCAUCCAGCGCCCCGACGUACCACGACAUCAUCCAGGAGACAUUCCAGCAUGUACGUCAUAUGAAAGACACCUAUCAGCAGAUGUACGAAGAAGGCGUCAAGGAACAUACCCAUUUCCUCGGUCAGCAGAGGGCUCAGCUCCAUGAACACAUGAGGAGAGAGAAUGCUUUGAUGGGCCAUCCUAGGGAGGUGAAGAAGCUGAGUGAUCUGCUCGUCCUAGAGUUACUCAAAGACCAAGGUGAAGUCAGCACAGGAGCUGCACAAGCCGUAGAGGAAGCCAUGCAAUACUACGCUGAUCAGGAAUAAACUCGAUGGCCCUUAUUCAGAAGUCCAAAUUAACUCAGGCCAUGGUCUAACUCUGUGUUUUAAUUAUGGGAAGCCAAAAAUUUCAAAAUGUCAUUUUUCCUAUCUUUACUUGGCUCUUUCCUUAUGUUUCAAUGAUGAAGAGAACUAUUCCCAGACAUUUAAUGAAUGACUUGAGUGUCAAAUGAACUGACAAUUGAAUUUGUACUGUUAGAGAUGCCCAUCACAAUUGGCUAUCCAUACAUGUAGUUAGAGAUAACUCCAUUUAUAACCUGCUAUACUACAGUAUACACUUUACUCUUAAUAGUGUAGAGAAUUGAGGAUGGGUGAUUUCACCUCAUCACAGAUCAAAUUGCCUCUAAAAUUCCCCAAAUGGUAUACUUUGUGGUGACCAUCUUUUCCGAAGUCACCCCAGGAUCUACCCAAAUCAGUAUUUGAAAAAACAUUUUAUAGAUACCGGUAACCAAUAUUCUACAUACAGCAGAAUGAUGAUAUCUGCAUUUAUUGAGUGUUUCACAAAGGAAGGUAGCCCCUCAAAAGAAGGAAGUAGCCCCAAUGUGAAAAGUGGGUCUACCGCUUGGCAUUGCCAGAUUAGCUCUGUGGAGCAUUUCAUGAAAUGAGUUGUCAGUGUAUAAUCCGACAUGUCCCCUUUUAUGAUAAUAAUAAUAUGCCACAUUUAUGUAGCGCUUAAUACAAAUGUUUCUGAGCGCUGCAUACUAUUAUCUGACGGUUACCAUAGUAACAUUGCUUUUCAGCCAAUAAGAAUCAAAGAAAGUUGUCAGAUCUGACAAGUUGUCGAAGAAAAAUAUUGAUGAAACCAGGGGCGGAUCCAGGAUUUUCCAAAAAGAGGGGGGGGGGCACAUUUUUCCGAGGAAGGUUUUCAACAAAAAAUAAGGACAUGUCCACGAAAAAAUUUGGGAGGGGGCACACUUCUUUUUUAACGGCAUUUUUACAUUACAAAUUUGAAUUGUGCCUCUCAAAAGGGAGGGGGCACGGGCGGGCAUUGAACCCCCCCCCCCCCCUGAUCCGCCAGUGGAUGAAACGUUCCCCAGAUUUUGAAGGAAAGAUAAAAUCUCUGCAGUGGUAUUUGGUAGAUUUAUUACACAUGACCUUUUACAAUACUUGUGGCCUGUCCUUGGGUAACAAUCAAAUUUUCAAUCAAUUUGAUUCCCAUCAGCUUAAAGCUUUGCUAAAUUGUCAGUAAUGUGAAUUAUGUACUAGAGUACAUUCUAAUAUCUCAUUGGGUACAAGAACCAGUUGGUCACUGUAUUUGCAGAAUUGAAUAGGCAUUUGGUUAAUAGAUUAACCUUUUAUAUCUUAUCGGUAAUAUAUAUUGUAAUUGCUUCGCUGUUGAAAAAUCACCUUGAGAUGAAAAAACAUUCCACUUAAAAAGUAUUAUAAAAGGUGUAAAUAUACAGAUAUAAAAUAGAUGAUAAUAGUGAUAUUUUUAUAGUGCAUUUCAGAAGUGUGAAAUGAAGGGUUGUGCCUUGGAAAGACAGUGUGUGAGUAUAUUUUACCAUGUGUAUUUCUGGUGCAUGCAAUAAAUUAUAUAUUAAAUUAUA